AUGCAAAGCACAACCAAGAUGAAGCGCAAGCUGGAUGCUAACGAUAUUCCCUCCCCGGAGGCCACCGGGGCUGACAGCAAAGACCUUGACUUUGAAGCCCUCAAUCUCGAUCCUCGACUGCGCCAGGCUCUGAUCAAAGAAAAGUUCACCAAGCCCACUCUUGUACAGUCCAAGGCUAUUCCCCUUGCGCUGGAAGGAAAGGAUAUUCUCGGUAGGUUUAGCAACAUGCUUUCAUGUGUACAAAUGCUGAUUGAAGAAGCUCGCGCCAAAACCGGCUCUGGUAAAACUGCCGCCUAUGUCCUUCCGAUCCUGCAGGCCAUUCUCCAGCAGAAGACUGCCGUCCCCUCGUUGAAAGCCACAACUGCUCUGAUCCUCGUUCCAACCCGCGAACUUGCAGAACAGGUCCAAAAAGUGAUUAUGAGUUUCGCCGCAUUCUGUGGCAAGGAUAUCCGUUCAGUCAACUUGACACAAAAGGUGUCCGACGAAGUGCAGCGUUCUCUGCUAGCCGAUUUCCCCGAUAUCGUUGUGUCGACACCGACUCGAGUUGACAGCAAUGUCAACAACUCCGCCUUGGCACUUGAUAAAAUCACCCAUCUUGUUAUUGACGAGGCAGACUUGGUUCUCUCAUACGGCUACGAUGAGGAAAUUAAUGCGCUCUCGAAGGCCAUUCCUCGCGGCGCACAGACAUUCCUGAUGAGUGCUACUCUCACUUCCGAGGUUGACACAUUGAAGGACCUGUACUGUCGGAACCCGGUUAUCCUCAAGCUUGAGGAGAAGGAGGAGAAGGGUGCUGGUGUUAGUCAAUUCGUCGUCAAGUGCGCCGAAGACGAGAAAUUCCUUCUGACCUACGUUAUCUUCAAGUUGCAGCUGAUCAAGGGCAAGGUCAUCAUUUUCGUCCAAGAUGUGGAUCGUUGCUACCGCGUGAAGCUUUUCCUCGAACAAUUUGGCCUGAAGAGCUGUGUCCUCAACUCAGAAUUGCCCAUCAACUCACGGAUUCAUGUCGUUGAAGAGUUCAACAAGGGUGUCUACGAUAUUAUCGUGGCUGCCGACGAACAAGAAGUUUUCGGAACAACCAAGUCAAAGAAGCGCGAAGUUAAGGAGACAGAAGAACAAGAGGAUGCAAAGGAAGAAAUGGGAGACAGCGACGACGAAGAGGCUACCGAAGAUAAGAGCGAAAAGAAGGGUCAGACCCAGAAGCGCCGCAAGAUGACCGGCAAAGAAAAGGACUACAGCAUUGCGCGCGGUGUCGACUUCCAGAACGUUGCCUGCGUCCUCAACUUCGACCUCCCCACCAGCUCCAAAUCAUACACACACCGCAUCGGACGUACCGGCCGCGCUGGAAAAGCGGGCAUGGCCCUCUCCUUCGUGGUGCCAGCCGAGCAACAUGGCAAGCACCGCCCAACCUCAAUCCCAAGCACAAAGCACGACGAAACCAUGCUGGCAAAGAUCAUCAAGCGGCAAACAAAGCUCGGUCAUGAAGUCAAGCCCUACCACUUCGAGAUGACACAAGUCGACGCCUUCCGCUACCGUAUGACCGACGCCUUGCGCGCCGUGACCCGUCUGGCCGUGCAAGAAGCACGAGGUCGUGAGAUCCGCCAGGAACUGAUCAAGAGCGAGAAGCUGAAGCGCCACUUCGAAGAUAACCCCGACGAACUACGCCAGCUGCGCCACGACGGCGAGCUGCGUGCUGCGCGUGUCCAGGCCCAUCUGAAGCAUGUUCCUGACUACCUGAUGCCUGCCAAGGGUCGCAAGGGAAUCUCCAAGGAGAAUGCUGGGUAUGUUGGAUUCUCGUCUACCAAGCAAAAUCGCAUUCGUAAGGCGAGAGAUCGCAACCGUGCUCGUGGAAAGGGUAAGGCUGGUGGAAAGGUUGAUCCUCUCAAGACGUUUAACAGGCGCAAGUAG